GGGAGAUGAGGAGAUAGGCGGGAGCGAGGGAGCGAAGGAGGUAGAGAAGAGCGGAGGAGAGGGGAGGGAGCGCAGCUUGGUUGCUCCGUAGUACGGCGGCUCGCAGGGGAGAAUCCCGAGCGGGCUCCGGGACGUACGGAGAGGCGGGCGGGCGGGGAUGGUGUGCGGGGCUGCGGCUCCUGCGUUCCCUCCCGCUGCGAGUGAGCUGCACUGAUUUGUCCCUGGGGCGGCAGCGUGGACCCGCCUGGAGAUGAGGCGUCCAUUAGCAAGGUGAAAGUAACAGAAACAUGGCUCAGUUUCCAACACCUUUUGGUGGUAGCCUGGAUAUUUGGGCCAUAACUGUAGAGGAAAGAGCAAAGCAUGAUCAACAGUUCCAUAGUUUAAAGCCAAUAUCUGGAUUUAUUACUGGUGAUCAAGCUAGAAACUUUUUUUUUCAAUCUGGGUUACCUCAACCUGUUUUAGCACAGAUAUGGGCGCUUGCUGAUAUGAAUAAUGAUGGAAGAAUGGAUCAAGUGGAGUUUUCCAUAGCUAUGAAACUCAUCAAACUGAAGCUACAAGGAUAUCAGCUCCCCUCCGCACUUCCCCCUGUCAUGAAACAGCAACCAGUUGCUAUUUCUAGUGCACCAGCGUUUGGUAUGGGAGGUAUCGCCAGCAUGCCACCGCUGACCGCUGUUGCUCCAGUGCCAAUGGGUUCCAUUCCUGUUGUCGGAAUGUCUCCCCCGCUAGUAUCCUCUGUUCCUGCGGCAGGAGUGCCUCCUCUGGCUAACGGGACGCCCCCUGUCAUACAGCCUCUGCCUGCAUUCACUCAUCCUGCAGCCACAUUGCCAAAGAGUUCUUCCUUUAGUAGAUCUGGUCCAGGGUCACAGUUAAACACUAAAUUACAGAAGGCACAAUCAUUUGACGUGGCUAGUGUUCCUCCCGCAGCUGAAUGGGCUGUUCCUCAGCCAUCCAGACUGAAAUACCGACAGUUAUUCAACAGUCAUGACAAAACCAUGAGUGGACACUUAACAGGUCCCCAAGCAAGAACUAUUCUUAUGCAGUCAAGUUUACCACAGGCUCAGCUGGCUUCAAUAUGGAAUCUUUCUGACAUUGAUCAAGAUGGAAAACUCACAGCAGAAGAAUUUAUCCUGGCUAUGCACCUAAUUGAUGUAGCUAUGUCUGGCCAACCACUGCCACCGGUCCUGCCCCCAGAAUACAUUCCACCUUCCUUUAGAAGAGUUCGAUCUGGCAGUGGUAUAUCUGUCAUAAGCUCAACUUCGGUAGAUCAGAGGUUACCAGAGGAACCAGUUUUAGAAGAUGAACAGCAACAACUAGAAAAGAAAUUACCUGUAACCUUUGAAGAUAAGAAGCGUGAGAACUUUGAACGUGGCAAUCUGGAGCUGGAGAAACGGAGACAAGCGCUCUUGGAGCAGCAGCGCAAAGAACAAGAGCGCCUGGCCCAGCUGGAGAGGGCGGAGCAGGAGAGGAAGGAGCGGGAACGCCAGGAACAGGAGCGCAAGAGGCAACUGGAGCUGGAGAAGCAGCUGGAAAAGCAGCGGGAGCUAGAACGUCAGAGAGAGGAGGAGCGCAGGAAAGAAAUCGAGAGGCGAGAGGCUGCAAAACGGGAGCUUGAAAGGCAACGACAGCUUGAAUGGGAACGGAAUCGAAGACAAGAACUAUUAAAUCAAAGAAACAAAGAACAAGAGGACAUAGUUGUGCUGAAAGCAAAGAAAAAGACUUUGGAAUUUGAAUUAGAAGCUCUAAAUGAUAAGAAGCAUCAACUGGAAGGAAAACUUCAAGAUAUCAGAUGUCGAUUGACAACCCAAAGGCAAGAAAUUGAGAGCACAAACAAAUCUAGAGAGUUGAGAAUUGCUGAAAUCACCCACCUACAGCAACAAUUACAGGAGUCUCAGCAAAUGCUUGGAAGACUUAUUCCAGAAAAACAGAUACUCAAUGACCAAUUAAAACAAGUUCAGCAGAACAGUUUGCACAGAGAUUCACUUCUUACACUCAAAAGAGCCUUAGAAGCAAAAGAACUAGCUCGGCAGCAGCUACGAGACCAACUGGAUGAAGUGGAGAAAGAAACUAGAUCAAAACUACAGGAGAUUGAUAUUUUCAAUAAUCAGCUGAAGGAACUAAGAGAAAUACAUAAUAAGCAGCAGCUACAGAAACAGAAGUCCAUAGAGGCUGAACGACUGAAACAGAAAGAACAAGAGCGAAAGAUCAUAGAAUUAGAAAAACAAAAAGGAGAAGCCCAAAGACGAGCUCAGGAAAGGGACCAGCAGUGGCUGGAGCACGUGCAACAAGAAGAUGAGCAUCAGCGGCCAAGAAAACCCCACGAGGAGGAAAAACUCAAAAGGGAAGAGAGUGUCAAAAAGAAGGAGAGUGAGGAAAAGGGCAAACAGGAAAUGCAAGACAAGCUGAGUCGGCUUUUCCAUCAACAAGAGCCAGCUAAGCCAGCUGUCCAAGCACCCUGGCCCACCGCAGAAAAAGGUCCACUUAGCAUUUCUGCACAGGAGAAUGUAAAGGUGGUGUAUUACCGAGCACUCUAUCCCUUUGAGUCCAGAAGUCACGAUGAAAUCACGAUCCAGCCAGGAGAUAUAGUCAUGGUGGAUGAAAGCCAAACUGGAGAACCGGGUUGGCUUGGAGGAGAAUUAAAAGGAAAGACAGGAUGGUUCCCUGCAAACUACGCAGAGAAAAUCCCAGAAAACGAGGUUCCUGCCCCAGUCAAACCAGUGACUGAUGCUGCCUCCACCCCUGCACCCAAACUGGCUCUACGUGAGACCCCUGCUCCUUCCGCGGUGACCUCUGCAGAGCCCUCCACGACCCCCAACAACUGGGCCGACUUCAGCUCCACGUGGCCCACCAGCACGAACGAGAAACCAGAAACCGACAACUGGGAUGCAUGGGCAGCCCAGCCCUCCCUCACCGUUCCGAGCGCCGGGCAGUUGAGACAGAGAUCAGCCUUCACUCCAGCCACAGCCACGGGCUCCUCUCCAUCUCCUGUUUUAGGCCAGGGCGAAAAGGUGGAGGGGCUACAAGCACAAGCCCUGUAUCCUUGGAGAGCCAAAAAAGACAACCAUUUAAAUUUUAACAAAAAUGAUGUCAUCACAGUCCUGGAGCAGCAAGACAUGUGGUGGUUUGGAGAAGUUCAAGGCCAGAAGGGGUGGUUCCCCAAGUCCUACGUGAAACUCAUUUCAGGGCCCAUAAGGAAAUCUACGAGCAUGGAUUCUGGUUCUUCAGAAAGUCCUGCUAGUCUAAAGAGAGUAGCUUCCCCAGCAGCCAAGCCGGCCGUGUCAGGAGAAGAAUUUAUUGCCAUGUACACUUACGAGAGUUCUGAGCAAGGCGAUUUAACCUUUCAGCAAGGGGAUGUGAUUUUGGUUACCAAGAAAGAUGGUGACUGGUGGACAGGAACAGUGGGCGACAAGUCCGGAGUCUUCCCUUCUAACUAUGUGAGGCUUAAAGAUUCAGAGGGCUCUGGAACUGCUGGGAAAACAGGGAGUUUAGGAAAAAAACCUGAAAUUGCCCAGGUUAUUGCUUCCUACACUGCUACUGGUCCUGAGCAGCUUACCCUGGCCCCUGGUCAGCUGAUUUUGAUCCGAAAAAAGAACCCAGGUGGAUGGUGGGAAGGCGAGCUGCAAGCACGUGGGAAAAAGCGCCAGAUAGGCUGGUUCCCUGCUAACUAUGUCAAACUUUUAAGCCCUGGGAUGAGCAAAAUCACUCCAACAGAGCCACCUAAGCCCGCAGCAUUCCCAGCAGUGUGCCAGGUGAUCGGGAUGUACGAUUACACCGCGCAGAACGACGACGAGCUGGCCUUCAACAAGGGCCAGAUCAUCAACGUCCUCAACAAGGAGGACCCCGACUGGUGGAAAGGAGAAGUCCACGGGCAAGUGGGGCUCUUCCCGUCCAAUUACGUGAAGCUGACCACAGACAUGGACCCCAGCCAGCAAUGGUGUUCAGACUUACACCUCUUGGAUAUGUUGACCCCAACUGAGAGAAAGCGACAGGGCUACAUCCAUGAGCUCAUUGUCACGGAGGAGAACUAUGUGAAUGACCUGCAGCUGGUCACGGAGAUCUUUCAGAAACCCCUGAUGGAGUCUGAGCUGCUGACAGAGAAAGAGGGUGCUAUGAUUUUUGUUAACUGGAAGGACCUGAUUAUGUGUAAUAUCAAACUGCUGAAAGCGCUGAGAGUUCGCAAGAAGAUGUCUGGGGAGAAGAUGCCUGUGAAGAUGAUCGGGGACAUCCUGACUGCCCAGCUGCCACACAUGCAACCCUACAUCCGCUUCUGCAGCUGCCAGCUCAACGGGGCUGCCUUGAUCCAGCAGAAGACAGAUGAGGCCCCCGACUUCAAGGAGUUUGUGAAAAGACUGGCCAUGGACCCUCGCUGUAAGGGAAUGCCACUCUCUAGUUUUAUACUGAAGCCUAUGCAACGGGUAACGAGAUACCCACUGAUCAUUAAAAAUAUCCUGGAAAACACUCCUGAAAACCACCCAGACCACAGCCACUUGAAACACGCCCUGGAGAAGGCAGAGGAGCUUUGCUCCCAGGUGAACGAAGGGGUGCGGGAGAAGGAGAACUCGGACCGGCUGGAGUGGAUCCAGGCCCAUGUGCAGUGUGAAGGCCUAUCUGAGCAACUUGUGUUCAAUUCAGUGACCAAUUGCUUGGGGCCACGCAAGUUUCUUCACAGUGGGAAACUCUACAAGGCCAAGAGCAACAAGGAGCUGUAUGGCUUCCUCUUCAACGACUUCCUCCUGCUGACCCAAAUCAUAAAGCCCCUGGGCUCUUCGGGCACCGACAAAGUCUUCAGCCCCAAAUCAAACCUGCAGUAUAAAAUGUACAAAACCCCUAUUUUCCUAAAUGAGGUUCUAGUAAAAUUGCCCACUGACCCUUCCGGGGAUGAACCCAUCUUCCACAUUUCCCACAUUGACCGAGUCUACACCCUCCGAGCAGAAAGCAUAAACGAAAGGACCGCCUGGGUGCAGAAAAUCAAAGCUGCUUCUGAACUCUACAUAGAGACGGAGAAGAAGAAGCGGGAGAAGGCGUACCUGGUCCGUUCCCAAAGGGCCACAGGCAUUGGAAGGUUGAUGGUGAACGUGGUUGAGGGCAUUGAACUGAAACCCUGUCGGUCACACGGAAAGAGUAACCCGUACUGCGAGGUGACCAUGGGCUCCCAGUGUCACAUCACCAAGACAAUCCAGGACACUCUGAAUCCCAAGUGGAAUUCCAACUGCCAGUUCUUCAUCAAAGACCUGGAGCAGGAGGUCCUCUGCAUCACCGUGUUCGAGAGGGACCAGUUCUCUCCAGACGAUUUUUUGGGUCGGACGGAGAUCCGCGUGGCUGACAUCAAGAAGGACCAGGGUUCCAAGGGUCCAGUUACAAAGUGUCUCCUGCUGCAUGAAGUUCCCACGGGAGAGAUCGUGGUCCGCUUGGACCUGCAGUUGUUUGAUGAGCCCUAGGGAGCCGGCCCAGGGUGUGCUUGGCAGCGUUCCAGCCUGAGGGAGCAGAUGCUGUCUGGAAAUGGUGUUGCUUUUCGAGGACCACUGUUUGGUGUUCAGCCACAGGGCAACAGGACAGCAAAGACAGGACCCUCAAAGCUUCUGGGAAUACUUCUUGACAAUCCUGCCCCCUAAACAAUUUCCCAUUUUGUGAAGCGAAACUGUGUUUUCCUUUGUUUUCACUGCAGGGUUCAUCAUGGCUUCCAGGGUCUUUGAAAUCCCAUCGCCCCUAGCUACGUUCGGUUGGGAGUCUGACCCAUCCCUGGGCCUGAGGCUUGGGUCUGGUUACUGUAAAAUAGAUUUAUAAAUGCCAUGUCUGUAUUUUUGGAGAACUCAUGUAAUCCUCCUGUUUCUUACCUCCACCAGCCUCCAGGUAGGCCCCCUGACGUAUGAUGCCUGAGUCCUUGGUGUGUUUAGAAAUAAUCAUGAUGACCUUGUUAUUGCUUCAGAAUCUCAUCCUCCCACUGGGACCUUAUUUGAAAUGCUCCCCUGCAUCUGAUCACUCGGGAGACGGUCGCCUGAUCAGACACUGGUCUAGCUCUUUGAAGAGCUGGUCCAUGGAAGAUUCCAGCAGUUGUGCUGUUAGAGCAUUUCCAGUCUCCUCCAGGUCUUUUAUUGCUAGACGUCAAUGAAAACUAUCACUGGCUACUAUCAGGUGAUCUGAUUCUGAUUUCCAGCAUGCUUGGAAGGUGGUUAAGGAAGGUUGUUACCUACCAAGUUAUACUCUGCUGGAUUAGAUCACUGCAGGUCACCUGAAAGGCUAAUUUCCGACAUUAUGGGGUCCUGGUUGCCAGCCCGGUUGGAAAAUGCUCUCUUGGCUUGGAGGUCCUGUGAUGUUUCACAAGAGUAGUUGUUGGUGACCAGAUCUGAGCCUACUCCUGCCUGAUUAUCAUGGGAAAUUUCUGCAGAUGUCUUUGGUACGUUCCCCGCAAAGGCAUCCCCAAGGUGUGAGAAGGAGAAGUGACAAUCGGUGGAGGAAAUCUAUUACGUGGUGGGGGAGAGACCUGAGAAGCAUGGAAGCCCCUCAGUUCCAGGGAAGAAGACCUGAGACUCCUUCCCAAACCCUGCUGUAACACAAGCAACCUCUCAGUAACGGAAAAAUACAUGGCGCGUUGGCAGUCAGGAGUGUAUGAACACGUGCGAAGUCUGGCUUGUGCUCUUUGAGUUUCUCUCCUUAAAUGCCAGGAGAUAGGCUGCUUAACCACAUAAGAACUUGAUUCGCUAAUGAAAAGCGUGGGCCGUAUUUUGUUUGCAUGAUAAUGUUCUCAUCAUCCCAGUUCGUGGUUUUCAUCUAAUGUUCUUUGCGCGUUCUCUCGGUCCUUGAAUCUAGCUUUCCUGUGUGAGAUGGCGUUCUCUUUGAUUGCAGGUCCUUAGAAUUUAAUUAGGGUUGUAGAAACACUUUUUGAAGAUAGCAUCAACCUAGUGGCAGAGUGAACUACCCACUUUGCUGGGAACUGAAUAUGUCGUGUCAUCCUUUCCCAUAAGAGCCCUGUCAUUGUUCAAGCGAUUUUUAAAAUGUGUGUGUCAGAAAAGGCAACAAAGUUUACAUUUCAUACUUUUAAGAAACACUCUAUUAUUUAUUUAUUAAAGAUAGUGUAGACUUUUGUAUCAAGAACAACAGACAUAAGUAUUUUUUGAAGCAAGCAGAUAUACCCUUUAGUUAGAAACUCUCAACUGAAGACCUUAGAGACCAGGUUCAACUUCAAGCACGCAUUCGUUUACCACUUUCCAGCAGCAGACAUGGUUCAAAUACUUUAAGUUUAUAUUUUUUGAUGUUGUUAGGAAACUGUUUUAAAUUAAAUCUAUGAAUAGACCUACCAAUCAUGCUUUCCUUUUCUAUAACACAUACAGUUUGUUCAGUGUACUUCUGAAGAAGGACAUAUUACUAUGGUAGAAAAAGAAGGGUUACCUGUGUAAAUGGGGUCAUAUUGGGUCACCAUUCCAAUCCCUUUCUUUCUGUUCUCCCUUUUCUUCAUCGGCUUUCUUUGCGUGUGAAUGCCGGGCAUCUCGGUUCAUGUAGGGAGGAUGCGAUGGGCUCAAUGACAAACAUCUUGUCACCUUUUUAGGUCCACCAGGUCCCCCACCCGCAGAGUCCCAUUAUCGGAAUUAAUGUAGCAUGAAGAAGCAAUAUGUGAAUUUUUUUCCCAAGUGACUAUACUGGGCAUCCUUUAGAUGCUCCUCCAGGGUAGCAGUUUUGUCCUUUGUACUCACUGGGGUAAUUUGUGAGGUGACUGAUCCUCCUUAUGGAUGAGUUAGGCUGGCCCUCAGAUCCAGGUGUGACUCGUGAGUCAUGUGUGAGAUACAGGAAUGUGGGUGAUGCGUGGAGUCUCAAAUUCUUUGACCUCUAGUCCUUCCCUUCUACCUUUUGGGCUGCCCGGGCUGUGUUUCAUAGAGAUGAAAUGUCCAUUGCCAAUAACUUUCUAUCCUAGCUCUUCGCUUUUUUUUUUUUUUUUUUUUGCGGUACGCGGGCCCCUCACUGUUGUGGCCUCUCCCGUUGCGGAGCACAGGCUCCGGAUGUGCAGGCUCAGCGGCCAUGGCUCACGGGCCCAGCCGCUCCGCGGCAUGUGGGAUCUUCCCGGACCGGGGCACGAACCCGCGUCCCCUGCAUCGGCAGGCAGACUCUCAACCACUGCGCCACCAGGGAAGCCCUAGCUCUUUGCUUUCGAAACACAGGGUUUCUCCAGGCCACUACCUCCUGGCAUUCCGACCCCAGCCCUCUAGACACCCCCACAAGCUUCCCUUUUCUCUGAGCUACGCUGACCUCCUCUAAGCCCAGCCAGGGCCCUUUCUGCUCACAGGGCUGUGCCCUGGGCUUCAUUCAGACCCAGGGCUGGCCUGACACACAGAGAGAGACCUUUCUAGGCUGGGGUCUCCACGGAUGCUUGAGAAACUGGGACGAGGCUUCCUAUGUGCCCCUGACCUCUGAUGGCAGAGGAGAGAGCUAUGCUCCCAAAGAACGUUCAUGUUAAAAGGAUCAUUCUUUUCUUCUUUGGUUUUUGAACAAUUUAAGCAUGACCUAAGUCUAUGAAAGUAACUGAUUUCAGCUGGUUGAGUGGCAUUGGAUUUAGUUGGAAAAAAAUUCCAUCGGAAAAUGGAUAAAUUGCUCACUUGCAUUGUCCCGGUGACCUGGUACCCCAAACUCCUGUCUCUCCAGGAGUUGGCUGGUGCAAGCGUAAAGCCACUGACCACAACAGAACAGGGGUGUUCUAGAAUCUGAUGGGACUGGAGAACAAAGGGGAGUGAAUGAAGUCUUCUGGUUCUAUUUAAAAGGAGAUCCUUGGAGUCUGUUUUAGAGUUUGCCAGUACUUUGUAUGAGCAGAAAAAGACUUCUCUAUCUCUACUCCAAAUAAUUUUUUCCUAAUUGGUUGGGCCUUUUUGAUUCUCAAGAAGAAUAUUUGUUUUGUGUAUGUAAAGAUUUUAAGAAUUUCCAUUGGGAACAGCAAGUAGUUUUUCAUUUUAUUUCAAUUCACUGCAUUCUCCCUUCUCUUUGAGGCUGGAGAUGAGCUUUGCAGCGGACACUAGCACUUUGAAAUGGACGCCUGCAUACUUUAGAAGUGGCAGGGUAAUUUCAGACUUGAAGUUAGUGUGAGGUUAGCAUUGGGUCUGCCUACUCCAGAUGUACUUGCUUUGAAAGUUCAGAGCUUCCUGUGCAGAACGUGAGGAGAUGACAACAGAUGAGGCUGGAUAUUCUUGUUUGGAUUUUAGGAUUAGAACUUUAAUUCCUACCAGGUGGAAGCAUAAUCAGUGAAUCAGUGACACGGUGAAGCCCUCAGAUGCUGUGGCCUGAGCCACCCUAAGGGGUAUCUGGUAAAACUAAUACCACCUUCUCUUUGCACUCAGGGGCUUCUCCUGACUGCAGGGAAUGGCUCAGAUCCGAUGCCAAGACUCAGCUGGCAGUGCCCUGAGCCAUGUUUUAUGGGGGCCACUUAGUAUUGUGUCAAUAUGGUUGGGAUGUUUAUUGCACCUGGAAAGCAGCUGUUUAUUUGAGCUAGAGGAAAGGAACCUUCUAGAACUCCCAUUUCUUCACCCUGCAUUGUGUCAGUUCCAGGAUAUGUUUGUAGGUCACCAGGCUCAGCUAAGGUACAUAACCUGCUAUCUUUAGGAAACAAAAUCUAUUCCUGAUAAGCAUGGAAAACUCAUGCCACAUGAAAGAAAACUUCUAAUAGCUCCCUAUCUUGGAAGCAUUAAAACCCAGAUGCCAACAGCUGGAAAGUCCCAUCUCCGGGUUGUGGCCUCUCAGUAACACAGUCAACACUGUUAAUAGCGCGCUGUUCAUUCAGGGAGUCCCCAUUCUGGACCAAAACACCAUCCGAGGGGCUGGGAGGUGGUGAAGAGGGGCCUGCCGUUGUGGCUUUCACAGACUAAUUGUAGAUCUAACUUUAAGUCAUUUGAAUAACAGCCAGUGCUUGUAAAAAUUCAUCUCCACCUCCAAAUAAUUAUUUCAGUGACACGCAUGUUCAGUCAGUUCCUCCACUGAAAGGAACCCUCUUUAAUCUGGCCCCGGGGAACCAGAAAACACCCACAUAAUAACUUGUUCAUCACUACGUGUGGUUGUCAUAUUUCAGGGUAAAUUUGCCCCUAGUGUAUGUCAGGGUGUUUUGUGAGUCAUUUUUUAAUAAGAUUUUGUUCUACUUUCUAUACCAGCCUACAUUGUUAAAAUCAUCUGAAGAGAGUGAAUAUUUUAGGAUUCAAAGCCCACCAAAUAAACUGUUCAGAAGUGGGCUUACGUGGUCAGCCUUGAAAAAAGUUGAACGUUUCUCUGAUAUUUACUGAGAAUUAUCCAGUAACCAGGGUUUCUUUUUAUGCAGUGGAAAGAAUGCAUAUUUUUCUUCUAGGAACUCUGCUUUUGUACUUUUUUCGUUGAAAAGAAUAACAUUCCUAUGCGGCGGUGUUCCUAAAACUGAGUUCCUUUGCAUUUUUCCUCUCAUACUCAAACCCCUUAUUUCCUCCCAUUUCUCUGUCUAAACAGAAUGGGGCCUGGAGCAAAGAGGGUGAUGCAGGAGCCAGAAAAGGGGUGGGUGCUGGUGGAGUCUUUGCAGUGCCUGGUUGAGGAACCAGCAGCUGCCGUUAUACCCACUGUCACCGCUAGGGGGCGAUCUCCCUGUUGGAAACUUGCAGGUCCCACUGGCGGAUCCCAGGGCGCUGGCUCCACCUACUGAAGCUCCCGGGCAUUGCUCUCGUGUAAAUCACGGAACGAACUUGCUGGGUCUGAGACGGAAGGGGUGGGGGGAAGGUUAGAAGCCAGCGUGAGACUCGAACCCAGCACCCCCGGGGGUACCUGGUGACACUUUGCCUUUCUCUCCUGCUGGGGUUGGGCCUAUAAGGGGUUCUUAGCCUUCCUGCCUUUUCUGCAUCUGCUUUGAUGAAGGCCCCUGAGAUUCAUCCCAGCAGGGGCCUUACUUGCAAGUCGGAGGUGUCCACCCACUGCUGGGCUGACGCGGGGCGGGUGCACUGGGUGAGGCGCCCUCUCCCCAAGAAGGGUUCUAGAAGUAAGGUCCCCUCUGCUUGGAUUGGAUAGCAGAGUCUCUACUUGGAGACUAGGACUUCUGGGCUUUCGGAUGUAAAGGGACUGUUGGGGCCAUGCAGAUCAUUGCAUGGUGUGUGUGUGUGUGUGUGUGUGUGUGUGUGUGUGUGUGUGUGUGUGUGUGUGUGUGUGUGUGUGUGUGUGUGUGUGUGUGUGUGUGUGUGUGUGUGUGUGUGUGUGUGUGUGUGUGUGUGUGUGUGUGUGUGUGUGUGUGUAAAACAGGUUGGUCUGACCCUCCCACAGUCACACUCAGGACCCGCUACAUAAUUUGUGGGCUGAGUGCAAAAUGAAAGUGUGAGGCCCCUUGUUCAAAAUUAUGAAGAAUUUUGAGGUGAUCACAGCAGAGAAUUAAACCAAGAGCAGGCCCCCUUAAGCACAGGGUCCCAUGUGACUGCACAGGUUGGACACCCGUGAAGCUGGACCUGGUCACACUGUAUUUUCAGUUGGUUUUUGAAGCAAGUGGGGCUUCACCUUUGGCUUCUUACUUUGUAAAGGCACAGAUGGUCUGGACCAAUCACAGGGUACUGGACCCAAGCCUCUAGCUGACAGAUGCGCCUGGUCUCCGGGCUCCAAGUCCAGGGCAGGCCAUGUGUGCCAAGAGGCCUCCAAGCCUUUACCAUUUAACCCACUGAUUUGAAAUAAAACCCUUCCUUUCAGUCGUUAGUCAUCCACUGGGGGCUUGUCUCCUCUUUGCUGGUAGGACAGAGAGGCUUUUCCAGCCUCUGCCUUUCAAGUGACCAUCCAGGUGAUGGUAACAAGAAUGGGGAACUGGCGGGGGUAGGGUAGUGCCCAGUGCCCCCUCCCCUGGGGCUGGACGUUGCACCUGCAUCUCCACUCCCUGGAGAGAGGGAAGCCCGCUGCCACCCUGCCCAGGCUGGUCCCUUGCUCCACAGGUGUCUGGAGGGCUCCUGCUUCAGAGGGGCAGCAGCUUCCCAGCUGGGCUCUCCCCCAUGGGAUCCCAUCCAUGAGCAGGGUGAUGUGGGGAGAGAGGAAUGACCCCACUGCGUGAGUAGCCUCGAGUUCUAGAAGACCACGUGCCGGGGAGGCAGCUGACCACGGAGUUGCCCCUCCUGCCGUGUGGUUAUUGUUACUUUCUUUCGCUAGCGUUUUCUAGCACUCGGCUGGAUGCUCCAAAACCUUUGCACUUCUGCUUUGUCUUUGCAAAUCAAUUUCACUUCUACACACACAGAGCAAUAAUCCCGUCUAUGUUUCCCGAUUCUGUCUGGGAUUAUAAAGUUUGCUAAGUAAAAGUGUUGACAGAAAGUUGAACAGAAAUAUCAAAUUCACCUUGCAUGGAUUUGAUAGCGUCGCUCUGAACGAAAUAGCAAAUUAUAGCUUUGUUUCUACGUGUAGUGCCAUCGUCCAGACUACUGAAAGUUCAGAAGUGUUUUCUAGAAGCAUUUAAGUAAUAUUGUGUCAACGUUAGUUUUCAUGAAUGAACAUUUUGGUGUACAUUUUACAAAUCAACAUCCUUAUAAUGUCAUCUGCUAAAUAUUCACUAUUGGAAAGUAGAUAUUCUAGCAAGAUCUUUGGUAAUGAUAUUUAUUUUAACACAUGCAUUUAAAACAUACAUUGCCAAUAGCCCAAGUGUCUUUGGACUGUAAAACCAACUUCAGAUCUUGUCUGCUGAAGCCCAGCAGGCUGAGGUCUGUAUCCUCCUGACCCACUUCUUUUACCCCUUCAUAGCCCUGCCUAGAUAGACAACUUGGCAAUCAAUCAUACAAUUCAUGUCCUAUUGCCUUAGCUACAUCAGCUUUGUACCUUCACAUCUAUAGGUGGUCAAUAUAUGUGUAAAUACAUGUAAACAGAUGAGAAUCUGCAACAAAAAUGUCCUGUGUAUGAUAAUCAGUUCUUAGCUUCUGAUUUUCUGCGUUUUAUACAGUUUCCAGCUAAGAAAAAUGCAGAAUUCCACUACAUAAAGUGAAAAAGUUACGCUCUUUAAAUGGUCUGUCCAGAAAUCUCUGCUGUAUGUUUAUGGGAAUGUCCAUGACUAAAUGUACAUAUAGCGUGUAAGAGGCUAUGGUUAAAUGUUGCAUAAACUAACACAGAUUCUGUAGUUAUAAAUAUUUAACUUGUUAUUGUAAAAUGUGAUUUGUCAUUGAGAGAUUAUUUUUCUGUAUGUAUAUGAGAGUAUUUUAGGAAUCUAAUUUAAGUGCAUAAAACUAUAGAAAAAAAAUUAAAAACCUAUCCCAGGAGUAGAAAAUACUUAAUCAGAUUACUUGGGUUCAACCCAACUAAAUUUCUUAUAUUAAAAAGAAAAUCCGAGUUGCGUACGUUAGAAAUUCAAAGAAGUCAUUUUUGAGGGGCAUAGAAUGUGAUGAAUUUAAAUAAAGUGGGUGGUGUUGUGAUAAACUGAUAAGUACCUUCUAGCCAUGACCUUGGAUGAGACCCAGGUAUUUCAUUAAACAGGUAGGACAGGAGGAUUGAGAGCCUGUUUCCCAUCAGAUCUGUGUGAUGUGCUCCAGAAGCUUCCAUGGGUUCUGGCGUAUUGGUCAGGAAUCUUGGGUGGACCUAACCAUCCUUCUAGAGAGUUCCUGACGUGGGAGGGAGGCCACCCCCUGACCCACCCUGGCUCACCCUUUGCAGUUCUCUUUCUGGAUAGAUUCAGCACAUCCCUUUGGUGUUUGCGUUUUCCAUGAAAUUUCCUGGGGCAUCCUCACCGUCUUCACCUAUGGCACUGCUGGGUGGGUUGAAGGAUGGAGUUUGGGGCUCUGUGGGUUAAGCUGUUUCUGGCACACAGAACAGGCAGCACAGAGCAGCCUCCUAGGUGCCUGUGUCCAUGAUGGAGACCCCUGGGCAAGAGGCCUUCCUCUUUUUCCCUGUCCCAGAAAAGGGUCAGAAGUCCAGGCUACUUCUGGGGCACAGACUUUUUAUACUUUGCUACCAGAAAUGUCCCCGCAGGCCACCUAGGGAGGGAUGGAAUGCAAAAUCCUGUGAAACUCAAGGUCUAAACCCCUGAGAGGUACAUUCAGAGGUCAUUUCAGGAGGUGGCAACCCCGUGAGUGCAACCCCUCCCUUAACAAGCUGGGAAUGAUGAAGUGGCGAAAAUAGCCAGUUCCUGGUGGUCUGGGGGUGUUGCAUGUGGAUCACCAUUUGUGGAAAGUUGAGGGCCAUGGCUUGAAAGGACAAAUGGGGAGUGCGUGCCUUCGGUUUUCAACAAGUUGUGUGCUUCCUAAUAAUGUCAACCAACAGUCAAAGUCCUUUUUCGACAUGCCUGAAAUUGGCAAAUGCUGGAGUCCAAGUGACCUCCUGGACUUCAGGGGUGUGGGGAGCUGUGAUUUCUGGAAGCUUCCUGGAGUCUCUUGUCAUAUGAGUAGUCUGCAAAUCUCCUUGAGGAACUGUCCAUGUGGAUGUAACUGACUUUAUUUCCAAACAUGGAGCUGUUUAGAGAUCUCUUUGUUCAAGGUGGCCAGGGAAGGCCAUCUAAAGCCAGCCAGCAGAAGUGGACAAGCUCCAGUCCACUCACCCAGUGUAAGUCCUGACCUUCUUCCUGGGCACCAAGCCCUCGUGGCUGGUGUGGCAAGAGGACUGUGAGUGGGAAUGAGUCAGCCGGUCAACCGCCCUUUGGGCCCUGGUUGUUGCAAAAGUCUGGGGUCAAGAAAAGCCAGAGGAUGUGGGGUCCUGCCCAGUAGUGACUGCUUCAAGCCAUUCCACUUAGCCUUCAUCUGUUUAGAAAAGAAUGUAUCAAUCCUGACAUGAGUCCUUUGUGUUUCCAGUGACAAAUAGGUCACAGUGCUGGUGGCAUAUUGCUCCCCUUACAGCCCUGCCCAGGGGUGGGACUAAGCCGCCCCUGAUGGACGUCCUGUUGACUGUAAUAUACUUCUGUUGCCAAAUAAUGGUACUGUUUAAUUUCCCAUCAAAGGGAGACUAUAUUGUUUGAUGUGUAAUGUCAAUGGAGUUCGAAAAAUCACUAGACACUAUUAUAAAUUGUAGAAUUACGUAUUUGUCUAAGGUUUGAUGAAACAGGGCCAAAACAUUAGGUUUCUUUUUUGUUUGAAAGAAGCUGAGGUUACUUUUGCUGUCUGAGCAUUCCUUUGGCACCUUAUUUAUGUAAGAAAUGUUAAAUUUUACUGGUCAAGAUUAUGAUAACUGAGUUUUUUUUUUUUCCUUCUUUAAACCAGUAGCAACAUCAAUACAGAUGGCUAUUCCUGUGUAUCUUGAAUCUAAAAAGAAGAAUCUCUUCCAAACAACUCUUUGGUCAUUUUGACCUGUAUGGUUUAAAUUCACAUAGUUCAUGAAUAAAAGGAGAAAAACCAACCCUGUUA